AUGGAGAGCUCUUCCAAACGAUCAAAGAUUUCAAAAUUUGGGCAAUACUCAACAUCUUCUAACACAAAUGCAGCCAAUGAUUGUGAAGAAUAUGACCCAACAACACCAAUGUCUCGUCCAAUAGGUCAAAAAGCAGCGAAGAGAAAAAGUAAAGGAAAGGUUGGCGAAAUAUCUUCCAACAAAGAGGAGUUGGAGAACAUUACAAAAGCAAUGUUAGAAAGAAGUGCUGCAGUAAAGAAAUUGGCUGAAGUGAAGGAAGCAGCUAACUUUAGUGCAAUGUAUGAAAUUCUCAUGAAGGACACAUCUGUAAUGACUGAGAAGCAGCUCAAAGAUCAUGAAUUGGCUUGUAAUUUUAUUAGGCGCAAAUUAAGAGAUUAA